UGGCUCUGCCUGCCUAUAUACCACCCACCUCCGCGCAAGUGUUUAAGAGAUAUCUCACUCACAGUCACAGAUAAACGCAUCGCGUUGUAUGCCUCCACAGUAGCAAUGGAGAUGGGAAGGUCGCUAUGGCUCGCGCUUCUGGUCCCUGCGAUCAUGGUGUCCUUCUACGGCGAGGCUGCCAUGGCGGACGCCCAGACAUCGACGGCGGGAGGGUCGCCGCCGGACACGAACGUGCUGUGCGUCAGCAAGUGCGGGACGUGCCCGACGGUAUGCACCACGCCGCCGCCGCCGGGCAGCGAUGGCAGUGGCUACUCCUCGCCGUCGCCUCCGCGCUCUGUGACGACUCAGCCAUCUCCACCGGCCGUGCCGCAGCCGCAGGCCAAGGGAGGGAAGCCCAGCGGCUACUACUACUUCUUCACCGCUGGGAGCGGCCGGAGCUGCGCCGCCUCGAGCGCUCGUUACACGCUACUGCUCCUGGCGCUUCUUCCCAUCGUCGUUGUUUAGGUUGCUCGCUCGGUGAGGACCCGGCGGCAACUCGAUCGGCUCCUACGUGUGGUCUUGACUAAUUUAUCUGGUUAUGCUUUCCAUGUGCUUCGCUUCGAUCAAUAUGAUUUUCGAUAGUCACUGGUGUAAUUUGGAUCUUUCGGUGUCGACCUGAAUUUGGCUGAUCAUCAUCCCUUGUGUUC